GACGUCGUCAGUCCGAUCGCAGCCAGAAUGUCGCGUCCGGGACCGUCAACGAGUGUAAUGGCGCCGAUCGGAUCGUGCUGAGGGAAUCGGCGUUCCUGCCAGUCGAAAGAGGCGAAGCAGGCGUGCGCUCGCGUGGCCACCGCGAGUGAAAUGACAUGAGAUGUCCCGGGACGCAUACGUGGGGGGCUCCAGGUCCCCGAGGGGCGUGAGACUACCCACCGUGGACCGGUCUCCCAGCAGGGCGUAUCCGGGGGGCAGCCCUUUGGGACGCAAACCCCUGCGUCCGACACAAUCCGGUAACAACUCUCCCGAUCACACCGGUUACGGGUACCACCAUUCGUACUAUCGCGACGACGACUUGGGCAGCCCCAUGCUGGAGGAACGCGGCAGACCGAUGACCGUGGGACCGGGCCACCACAGAUCGAGGAGCGCCACCAGGCCGACGAAUCCGAUGUCGGUGCGUUAUCAAUCGCUCGAUCGUGGUCCCACCGUAGAUCAUGAUCGCGAAUUCCUGCCGAUCCGCGAUCGAAGGGAUCGAUCUCUCGAACGCGGUCUCUACUUCGAAGACGAGCCGUACGGCACGCGAUCGGCUCGACAAUCGCCGACGUCUCAUCAGCCUUUUAUCGGGGAACUGCAACACCAAAACUCUGACCUACAACGCGACCUAGCCAAUUUGAAAAAGGAGCUCGAUCUGACGAACCAAAAGCUCGGCUCGUCGAUGCACUCGAUUAAAACGUUCUGGAGUCCGGAAUUGAAGAAGGAGCGGGCUUUGCGGAAGGAGGAGUCGGCAAAGUACAGCCUGAUCAACGACCAGCUCAAACUGCUCAGCAGUGAGAACCAGAAACAGGCGAUGUUGGUAAGACAGUUGGAAGAGGAGUUGCGAAUGAGGAUGAGGGGACCAAGCAUAGAGGUUCAACAGCAAAUGGAGGCCCUGUACCAGGAAAACGAGCAUUUGCAGAGGGAAAUCGCCAUCUUGCGGGACACGAUCAAGGAACUGGAACUUCGCAUCGAAACUCAAAAACAAACGCUGCAGGCUCGGGACGAGAGCAUAAAAAAGCUGCUGGAGAUGCUGCAGAACAAGGGCAUGGGUAAAGAGGAGGAACGGGCCAUGUUCCAACAAAUGCAAGCCAUGGCUCAGAAACAGCUCGACGAGUUCCGGGUGGAGAUACAGCGCAGGGACCAGGAGAUCCUCGCGAUGGGCGCCAAGAUGAAAACGCUCGAGGAACAGCACCAGGACUAUCAGAGGCACAUCGCGGUGCUGAAGGAGUCGCUGUGCGCGAAAGAAGAACACUACAACAUGCUGCAGGCGGACGUGGAGGAGUUGAGGGCGCGACUGGAGGAGAAGAACAGGAUGAUCGAGAAGAAGACGCAGCAGCACCAGCAGGAGAGGGCGAGGGCGGGCGCGGAAAUCGCCGAGAUGAGGGAGCACAUGGACAUCAAGGAUCGGAAAAUUAACGUGCUGCAGAGGAAGGUCGAAAAUUUGGAGGACCUGCUGAAAGAGAAAGACAAUCAGGUGGACAUGGCGCGGGCCAGACUAUCGGCGAUGCAGGCCCAUCACUGUUCGUCGGAGGGAGCACUUUCCACGUUGGAAGAAGCCAUCGGCGACAAAGAGAAACAAAUGCAACAGUUGAGAGAGCAGAGGGACAGGGCGGAACAGGAGAAGCAGGAGGAACGCGAGCUGCACGAGCGCGAAUUGGCGGAGUACAAGAUGAAGAUCCACGCGCUGAAUAGCGAGGUCGAAAAGUUGACGGCCCGAUUGGAACGCGCGCAAAACGACCGCGAACGCAUCGAGGCCAAAUUGGAAAGUUCCCAGUCCGAGUUGGGCAAGUCGAAAGCUGAGCUGGACAAGGCGAUGGAAUUCGGACGUAGGGGAGACGAUUACGAGACGAUGAGGCAGCGAAUCGCCCGCUUGGAACUGGAAAACGAACGGCUGAGGCAGGACUUGGAUCUCGCCCAGACCAAAACGACCACGUUCGGUAGAAACAUAUACAGCAGCUCGCACGAGCUGGACAGAGCGCACGAGAGAGCAGACAAGACGUCGUCCGAUUUGAGACGGUGUCAAGCGGAGCUCCGGGUGACCCAGGCGGACAGCGAACGAGCCCGUUCCGAAGCGCAAGCCCUGCAGGAAAAAUUGGAAAAGUCGCAGGGGGAAGUAUAUCGCCUCAAGGCCCGAUUGGAAAACUCACACCAGGAACAAGACAGUCUCAGAGAAGAGCUCGAGAAGGCUCAGGCGGCGACGGCCAAAUUACAUGCCGACAAAGACCGAGCCUACGCAGAGCUGGACAAGAUGAGAGAAGAUCUGGAGCGAACUUCGGCGACCUUGGGAAAGGCUCAACUGCAACAAGACAAGCUCCAGAACGCGCUAGACAAGGCGCAGACAGAGGUCGACAAGCUCCAAGAAAAGUUAGACAAGUCACUUGGGGAAACUCGACGGAUUCAGCUGGAAAAGGAAAAAGUCGGAUACGACUUAGAGAAUAUCCAAUCGCAAUUGGACAAGGCUCUCGGCCAAUCUGCUCGCGCGCAGAAGGAGAAAGAGCAGGCCCAGCACGAAGCAGAUCGGCUUAGGGACAAACUGGAAAAAUUGCAAAGUAACAUCGGGCGCCUUCAAAAGGAGAAGGACGGUUUCCAGGACGAGUGCGAAAAGUUGAAGGAACGCCUCGAUACGCAGCUCAACCAGAUUUCGAAGGCGCAGCGUGACAAGGCGGACCUCGAAACCGAACUGGACGUGCUCAAGGAGCGGUGGGAGAAGACGCACGCCCACCAACAAAAACUGCAGAUCGAGAGGGACGACGCGAUCGCCGAGAUCGACAUGCUCAAGGACAAACUGGAGAAAGCGAUUUAUGCGUCGCAGAAGGCGAUCGACGAGCGGGAGAACGUCCACAAAGAGUUCGAGAAGAUCCUCGAAAAGUACGACAGGUCGCAGAGCGAGGUGUACCGGCUUCAGAACAAACUGGACGCGGUCCAGGCGGACCGGGAACGCUUUGAGCUCGAAAUCGAAAAGCAGCAGUUAAUUUCGACGAAAUUCCGCGAGGACCAGCGCAAGCUGCAGGACGAAAUCGAGCGUGUACAGGAGAUGUACGAGCGCGCGCAGACGCAGCUCGCACGCAGCAAAGAGCUCGAGGAGAAGCGCGAGGAAGAGCUGGAGAUGGUCCGCGAACGUUACGACAAGGCGCAGCUCGAAAUCAGGAGGCUGCAGGGCGAAAAGGAAAAACUCCUCGCGGAGCAAGAGCGCGCGCGCUACGAGAUCGAUCGCGCGCACGCGCAAAGCGCCAAAGCGCAGGCCGCGUACGAGAAAACGCAGGAGGAGGUCGCGAGGUUGACGAUAGAGGUGGAAAAGGCGAGGGACAAGCACGACAAGCUGCAGAACGAGUUCCGCAAGGUUGUCGGGGAGUACGACGCGUUGAGAGAGUCGAGCGGAGCGAGAGACAGGUUCUCGCGUUACGACAGAGACGACCGGACGAAAGAGGAAAACGACCGGUUACGAUCGGAAAUCGAUCGACUCAGAGAUCGCCUGGACAAGACGCUCGGCGACCUGGACAAAUCGCGGAAGGAACUGGCUGAGAGCGGCAGGGGCAAGUACGUCUACGAGCAGGAGAAGGAGAAACUCGCGGAGGCGGAACGUCUCAAGGACGACCUGCAGCGGACGCUGAACGAGAACCGGCAGCUCGAGACGAAGCUGCACGAGGUCAGCAAGCAGCUCGAGCUCGCGCGACAGGAAGUCGCCAAGGUUACCCAGAACCAAGACAAGCAACGCGUCGAGCUCGAGCGAUCCGUGAUCGAGCUGGAAAAGAUCCGGGAUCGUUUCGAGAAACUGAAGGCACAGCACGAGAAACUGGAAAAAGAGAACGAGAAACUGCGGAUGGAGGUGGCGCAGGCGGAACGACGCCAGACGCUCGCGGCGGACAAGGUGAGGAACGACGAGCGACUGGAGAUCGAACGCCUGAAGGAGAAGCUGGAAAAGGCGCUGCAGGCGAGGAACGCGACGGAAAUGGAAGCGGGACGGUUGGCGCAGGAGUUGGAAAAGUCGCAGAUGCACCUGACCAAAGCGCUAGAGACCAACGAAGCGACCAAGAUCGAGUUUGAACGGAUGGCGACCGAGUUGGCGAGGAUGCACGAGCGUCUCGAACGCGACAAGCUGGAAUGGAAAACGAUGGAGCAGGAAAGGGACGUUCUGCGCGCCGAGCUGCAGCAGGUGCGCGGCGGUUUGGACGUGCAAAGACGCGAUCAUAGGACGCAAGAGGCGAUCGUCAAGCUGCAGCAGGAACUGGCGCACUCCAACAGGGAGCGGGAGAAGAUGGCGUCGAUGUUGGACAAACAGGGCAGGCAGGGCGAGUCGAUCGAGAAGCAAAUCGUCAAAUACGAGGCCGACAUUAAGCAGCUGACCGCGGAGAGGGACCAGCUGGUCACGCAGCUGGAAAAGUCGCAGGAUAUGCUGAUGAACUUCCAGCAGGAGCUCAAUCAUAGUGAGGCGGAGCUCGAGAAACACAAGCAGGAAGUGGCGCGGCUGAAAGGCGAGCAAAAGCGCACGUCGCAGGACGAGAUCGCGCGGUUGCAGCAGCAACUGCAGACCGCCCAGAAGGAACGCGACCGCGCGGAGAAACUGCUGCAGGAGACGGGUGCGAGGGGCGAUUCCGAGCUCGAGCAGUGGCGGAACGUCAUCGAGCGGGAAACGGUGCGCGCGGAUCAGGCCGAGAAGACCGCGCAGGACCUGCAGAAACGCAUCCAGGUGAUGGAGAAACAGUUGCAGCAGCAGCUGCAGCAAAUGGCGCAGUAUCAGAAGGAGAGGGGCAUCCAGCCCGCGAGGGACGACAAGGAGACGCAGCGGCUGAGGGCUGAGCUCGAGAAGGCGCAGGCCGAGGUUAAGAACGCGGCGACCGAGAGGGACAGGCUGCAGGCGCAGCUCGAGAUGUUGGUGCAGGAGUUAGAGAAAAAUCAGUUGCAACUGCACGAGGCCACCAAAAAAUUGCAAAUGGCGGGAGCGACGAAAGGGGAUGACGCGCAGAAGCGUCAGUUGGACGACGAAAGGAGACGCCUGGAAGAAAUGAGACGGCAGGUAGACGAGCAGAGGAAAGCGACCGACAACAAGCAGCGCCAAGUGGAAGAAAAGGAAAGGCAGCUGGCCGAGUUGGAGAAGCAAUUGCAGAAGCAAAAGCAACAGACGGACCAGCUGCAAGCGUCGUUGCAGAAGGCCGGCGGGAACGCGGCCGCGGUCGCGGAAUUGAACAAGAGACUCGCGGAGGCGGAAGAGAAGGCGAAAAAGGCCGAGGAGGAGGUGAAGAGGUCGGCCGCCGAGAUGGAACGCUUGCUGCAACUCGUGCAGAUGAGCCAGGAGGAGCAGAACGCGAAAGAAAAGCAAAUUAUGGAGUUGCAACAGGCGCUCCGCAAUGCACAGGCCAAAUUAAAAAGUCAACAACAAGCGCAAACUCAAAAGGAAGAGAUGCGUAACGGACCCGAGAGCGACGCGAAAAACGAUCUAGAAUUAGUGGUGGGGCCGGCCGGGGGAAGGGGUAUUGUAAUCGAACGCGGGGAAAAGGAAUGCAGGAUCGCGGAGCUGGAAGAGGCGCUCCGCGAGACCCUCCGGAUUUCCGCCGAGAGGGAAACGGUGCUGCGGCAGGAGGAGACGAACAGGAAACGGAUCCUCGAAAAAGUCGGCAAGCUGGAGCAGCGACUGUCGUCCCUGCGGGCGGCCCAGGCUACGCGCUGUCACGACUGCGGCCCUUUCGUCGGCCGGAUGUCCGCGUUGGAGACGAAACUUUCCGCUUUGAUCGGCCGGAGGAGGCGGGAUCUCCGGGAACUCGCGCAGAUGAGGAGGGAAGCCCUCGAGGCGACGAUCAGCGAGAAAGACGCUCAUCUGGCUCUUUUGGAAAUUACGGGUAUAAGGAACGCGAGUCAGGCCGAAGAAGCGGACCGUCUUAGGUUAGACAGACGUCGACUUGUGGAACGACUUAAAGACGAGGUCGAGUCGAGUAUAUCUUUGAUGGAAGACACCUGGGAGGACGACGACGACGAGCUUUCCGUAUCUCUAAUCAACGACGAAAUAGGAAAAAAAGUGUCUUGAAAGGAACUCCUCGCAUUUCGUCGGCGGCGAUCUCAGCAAUAAACGAGUAUUUAGGGGACGUUUUGGCCCGUCCCCCCCUCCGGGGUGGCCAUAAUUUUCUCACUCACUGCCUGUUGAAUAAUUUAUAAGUUUAAGCUACACAAAGACACAAAUAUUUAUCUAUUAACGUGAAUGUGUUAAUAUUUGCCGUUAUAAAUAGUUCGACGUUAUAGGUGCGACAAUAAUACCGAACGGGGCAUUAUUUCCUUCUUUUUUUUUUAAUUGUCCAGCAAAAUUCGGUAAUUAAUAAUUAAUUAAUUAAUUAACUUUAAGAAAUUUGCGAGACAUAUAAGUUGCACGAAAUAUUCUCGCGUUCUAAAUAUAUACGGGGUGAUUCAUUAAUGCGCAGCGUAGACAUGGAAGCGCGUUUCUCAGCUCCAAAUGAGAGUUUCUUCCAUGUCGAAAAAGUUCCCAAAACUAACCGGGCAUGAGUGUUCAAGUUUCAAAUUUUAUUAAACAUUGAAAAAAGCAAAAAGUUAUCAAAACCAACCGAAAAUCAGUGUCAAGUUUCAAAUUUUUGCGUUUUUCAAAAUAUUUUUUCCAUUUAUCUCGAAAUCGAUUAGGUUCAGGAAAAUAUCAAAUAAUUCUCAAAACUAACCGAAAAUAAGUGUCAAGUUUAUAAUUUUUGCGAUUUUUUCGAUUUUCUAAAUCAAUUUUUUCAUUUAUUUCGGAAUCGGUUCGAUUCGUGAAAAAUAUUGAAAAUACCAAAAGGUUCCCAAAGCUGACCGAAAAAUAGUGUGUCAAAAUUUUAUUUUUUUUCAAAUUUUUGAAAUAUUUAAGAAACCAAAAAAUUCUCAGAACUGACCCAAAAAGAGUGUUAAAGUUUCAAAUUUUUGCGGUAUUUUGGUUGAUUUAAAUAAUUUUAAUUUUUCUUAUUUAUUUGGAAAUAUUUUUGGCUCCCAAACAUUAAUCAAAAGACCUAUUUUUUUCAAAGACCAAAAAGUUCAGAAAAGUAACCUAAACUAAUCAAAUAAGAGUGUGAAGUCUCAAAUUUUUUCAGUUUUUUCGUUUUCCUUAAUAUAUUUUUUUUAUUUAUUGCGAAAUCGGUUCAGGAAAAAUAUUGAAAAAAAAAUGCAAUUCUGUCAAUUUUUAAAUUUUUCUUUAUUUUUUCAUUUUUAAAAUUAAUUUUCGCGAAAAGUAUUGAAGAAAUCAAAAAGUUUGUUCGUUUUUCAAAAAUAUUUUUUUAAUUUAUUUCCAAAUCGGUUCGGUUAAAAGACCAAGAAGUUAAUUUUUUCGUUUUUUUUUUUAUAUAAUUUUUCUCAUUUAUUUCGAAAUGCUAAGAACAUUCGAAUCUCGAAAAAGUUCACUAACUUUAACUAAACCUAACCAAAAAGUUCCCAAACUGAAAGGAAUGUUUAAAACAACGUUUAGUAAAAAUCCAUAGUUCGAAAAGGCUAACAUUUGCACCCCAAACAGUGUGAUAGCUAAAAAAGCUUCACAGCCUCGGUCAUUAUUACAAAGUCGUAACAACAUCGCGGCAGCGAAACAUUUGCGGGAUUUUUUUAUUACUGAAUCGACCCGUAUUGCAUCUGAAUCCCUUCGGUUUUCUACCGGGCCAAUUAAAUUUGAAUUCGCCCUUCGUAGGGGGACAAUUUUAGCGGCCCGGGUGAAAUUUUCAAAAACUUGUCCAAAAACGUAGAAACGUAAUCGCGUCCGUCGAAGUACAACAUUUUAACGGAACACAAUCGCAGCGUUCGAAGCGUUGUACCGCGCGGACUUGUAUACAGGGCGAGUCAAAAGUCAAAUGUGCCGAAGAUUUCUGAUUCGGCCGGACCACGAAACUGUCUUAUUUUAAAUAGAAUUGCUUUUAAAUUUCCAAGUAUUUUUCACAUUUUCAAAAUAAUUAACGAUUUAACGAAAAUUAAAUUAUUUCAAAAUAAAGAAAAUAGGUAUUUAAACUAGCAAACUCAUAUUUUAACAUGUUUAAAAUAAAUACCUUUUUUCUUUGUUUUUAAAUAGUGUCUAUUGUUAUUUAAUGCUAGCAAUUCGUUAAAAUUCGUUAAAACUAUAAAAAAAUGCCGGUUUAUCGAUUGAAAAAUAUUGAAAUAGAAUUUUAAAAGCAAUUCUAUUUAUAUAAGAGAAUUGUUUCAUAAAUUUAAUAACUCCCGCCCGACUUUCGACCCGCCCCGUAUGCGUUGUAUAAAGCUAAAUCUCGGCGAGAAAGUUAUUUGUUCUUAGUGUGAGAAUAUGUGUACCCAAUAUCACGUAAAUAUUUUUAAUAUGUAUAGGUUUUCGAAAUGCCUUUUCAUUGAACAAAAUGUAAAAAAAAUGUAAUUCAUCGUCAUAUCACUGUGUGAGGCCGAGAAACACUGCCAGAUGGCUCGCGUCCCGUCGCAAUCGGACGAUGGUCCCCAUACUUAAUAAGGAACCGGUUGAAAUGUGCUUCGAUUCCGAAACCAUUGAAAUAGAAUUUUAAAAAAUCGGUAUGAAGACUUAAAAAUAAAUUUAACGCGUCACGCAACACAGAAUUUAUUUUUAAAUCAUUAUCAGGUAAUUAAGUGUCGAUCCGCGUUCGAUUGCGUCCAAAUUAAACCCUCUUCUCCCAGAUGAAACUUAUUUCUGCUUCUAUUCGAUAUUUUUGUAUUUUUUGGGUCGCGAAAUUCACGAAAUCGCGCCAAACUGAAACAAUUUACGGAGCCACAAAAUUAUAACUUUCCAAGAUAAACUUGCUCCGUCAUGGGUUUUGCAUUGAUUCCGCCUUAAAAUUGCAUAUUGACCCAAAUUACAAAUAACAUUAUUAGAAACACUUUAUUAUUGACGUCACGUGCACUCCACUUUUGUGUCUGUGUCAAAUUUUUGAUUUUUUUAAACGUUACACGUGCCACGAUACAGAAAAUAACGAGAGCACCAAAAGGCCGUCAAAAAUAUAGAUUGUAGUUUAAUUACGCAAAAUUUUUUACCCAAAAAUUUAUGAAAAGCAAACCAAACUUGAGUGAAUUUUUUUUAAAAAUAAGUUAGAUUUUUUGAAAUUAAGUUAAAGUGAGAGGCCAUAUCGGAAUUUCUGAAAAAUAAGUCAGAACUUUGAAAAAACAAAUCAGAUUUUCUGGCCAAAAUGAAAAUUUCUAAGAAAUAAGUCAAAAUUUUUCAUCUAAGUCGAAAUUUUCGAAAACCUAAUCCGAAUAUGUCACUUAACUGUCACAAUUUUAAACUGGAGUGAGAAUCUCUAUGAAGCAAGUCAAUAUUUACAGGGUUAUUCAGAAAGAAUGCCCAAUCUCUGGAUUGGAGUUAUUAGACACAAAAAUAAAUCACAUUAUUUGAUUUGCAAUUUUUUUCAUUACUAUUACCGAAAUGUUAAUGUUAAAUAAUGAUUUUUUCAUUGCUCGCCGUAGCUUUUUCAUCUGUUAAGUACUAAUUAAAAAAAUAGACGCCCUUUCUAUUAAAAGUUGAUAACUCUUUGAAAUUUCCAUCGUAUUUGAACCGAAACUUUAUGGAUAAAGAAAUAUAAUUUGAUUUAUCUAAAUAAUAUGUAAAACUAUGGUAAAAAAUACGCCGAAACCAACGACAUUUGCAUAAGGGAUCAUCAUAUUUGGAUGAAUUGUUUAUCGGAAAUUCUGACCUGAGUCAUUAUGCAAAUUAUGGCAAAUGUAAAGUGUCAUUUGUUUCAGUUUGUGGUGAUAACAUGCAGUCUUCGGCCGCCGUUCAUCAAUGUUUAAAAAAUAAGUAAAAUAGCUAAGAUAAAACAAUUAAAAUAAGCACAAUAUACAAUGUAACGUGUAAGCUGAACAUAGUAUUAAAAAAGUAGUACGGUAGCGAAACCCAAUAUGCAAGAGUGCGGCGUUGUAAAUAAAUUUAAGUAUCGCGGGAUAACGUGAAGAAUAAAAUGAAUAACUUCAACGGGAUUUGCAAUGGAACUUUCGUUCUUUAAAUUAUCCCGAAUUUAUUUGUGUGAGAAACACGUGAGAUUUGUUAGAACCUCAUAUCGAAGCGUGGUAAAAUAAACAAAAAAAAAACGCGUAGGAACCGCCACUCACAGUAAAGAUAUUUAAAAAAUCUAAGAAAUACAAAUAUUUUGUACAGCCGCCGUAAUUUACGCAUGAUUUUUGUAAAUGUAAUUUAACGUAACAAUAAAAAAAUAACGAACUGACUGUAAAAAAGGACCGCAGAUAAAUCACAACUUUCACAUUUGCCAUCUUCCUACGACUGCAACGCUGUAAUUUUAAUCCGUCAUGACUCAGGAAAUUUCACAAAUGUAUUUUUUGCUAGCCACAUGUUAAUUGAAAUCGCCUGCUUUUUGAACUUUAAAUUUGACAAGUUUUAAAUUAAUUGAAAGUGUACAUUUUGAGAUAUAAAACAAUUGAAUAGCACUUUCGAUUUUAUUAGAUUUGAGACAAACUUGAACUUUAAUAUCUUACGCAUUAUGUUAAGUUUACUUUUAUUCUUACUUUAAGCCAAAUAUUGCACAGAAACAAAAAAGAGUGAAAUUUCGUGGGUUCGUCGAGCGACACGUCAACGGCGCUAAUCACCGUCAAAUCUCACCUUAAUUAUAUUACCAUACAUAUCUCAUUAAAUAUACAAAAAGAAAGCUUUUUGGAAUUACCUGAUAAUUAACUAAAAAUAUACACGAAACACUCGGCAUAGGGAAGUAAUACAAAUGUUAGAGGUUAAAACAAUAAUAAAUGUUAUAUUUGUUGAAUAUAUUAUUAUUAUUGCAACUUAAAUUCGGAUAAUUCCACACGGUAAUGAUAACCUAUAUAAAACGUGAACGAAAGUAAUUUCUUUAAACUUUUGAAUUUAAAAAACGAGCUGUCUCGUUGUCAUGUUUCGAAAUAGUUAGUACUAAGCUAGUGAUAUUUCCUCAUAACUUCCACGACAUACUAUACUGUAUCAUAAAUACGUACGUAAGAAGCGAUGUACGGGUGUGAGAUGAAAAAAUAAUAAAAAAAGAUGGAA